AUGGGCAGAAAGGCAAAAUCGAGCAGUCGCCAGAAGAAAGAUGGAAAAGCAAAUAAAGAAGAAGCUGAUGUCGAUGUUGAUGGGAUUGCGGAUCAGAUCGAUGAGUCAAAGCCAUCAGUAGAGCGUGACUCAACAAUCCAAUCACGGGAACAGCAGGAGGAAGGUAAUGUCGCGCUGGCACGCAGCCUAGCCUCGGAGGAAGGCAAUACUCGGUCUGCACCAACAUUCAAUGAGAAGGAUUCUACCUUACAGUCACGAGAGGGGGAAGAUGAGGCCUUUGCGCGACAAUCGGUCGCUGAGCAGGACGCAGAGUACGCACAACAGUCUAAAAGGAGACGUGGGAGACCGAAGGCCUCAGAGACAAAAGCGACUCCAAGACCAACAGCAGCUAAGAGGACUCGACGGAAGAGCACGAAGGCGAAAUCACUGGAAGAAGACACCGUGGAAUUCGACGAUGAUGUGAAGGCAUCUGCACCAGCACCAGCGUCGUCACCGCCUACUCGACGGUCUGGACGAGCGAGGACUACUACCAAACGCUCUUAUAACGAAGAUGAUGAAGACGACGAAGACGAAUUGGUCGUCGACGACUCUGAGUCCACACCUGUUAAACCCUCGAAAUUUCCUGCUUCAGCACCUUCGACCGCCAAGAAAAGACGCGGCAAGGCCAUUGUCAAUAUGGACACGACGCAUCUUCUCACAUCGGACAAGAGUCGAUUGUUGGACGUCGACCUGCAUGACAUCAUCAACCAAGAGAUGUGGGAUAUCCUGACGCCAGAUCAAAAGGCGGAAUGUCUGGCCCUUGUGCCCGAUCUCGACCGAGUCUACCCACAAGACACCGACACCGACCCCCCAGAAAAAUACCUAUCCAAAGCCGACCUCAUACCCUCCUUCUUCCAACGCAAUCAAUUUCUCCGCGAAGCAAUCGCAGACUUUGUCGCCUGCCUCGAAUCCGACGCCUACGGCAACGAAGCCCUCAAAACCGCCCUCGCAACCAACGAACAACGCAAACAGGGCAAAUUCGACGCCUGGAAAGACCAGGAAUUCGAGAGGUAUUGGGGACAGAAGCAGAGGUUGGACUCGUAUGCGGUGGCAGGGGAUGCAAGGGGUGUGAGUUUUGCGGAUGUGGUGAAGGCGAGUGGGGCGUGUGUUGGUGAUGUGUGGGUCUAUCAUAGGAGUUUCGGGAAGGGGAAGGGACGGGCUGCGAUUCCGGUUCGAAAGGAAAUCCACCUCAUGGCUAUCGAUCCGCAGACAUCGGCCCUGACAUUCUCUGUCCCAGCUGGUGUACUUGAGUUACUCACCCCCGACGGACCUGCCCUGACUGUCGAGAACAUCAUCAGCGCUACCGGACUCGAAACAGUGAUUUUGGAUAUCGAUAGUCGUACUACGAAGCAGACCAGACCGAACGGUAAUGCGUGGAAACGCUUCAGGGUGAGGAGGCGGAACCAGGAUUUGGGCUCGUUAUUUGAGAUUCGGCAGAGGGUUUGGGGAGGUUUGCAGGAAUGA